GGAGGAGGAAGCAGCUGCUGGGGCACGAGCAGGGACCAGCCAGGCUCCGGGAGAGCAAAGUACCGCGCCGGCAGCGCGUAGCCGGCGGGGCAUCCUCGGGGCGCGGCGCUCCGGGGCAAGUUCCCUGGGAGUGGUCCCCGCUCUCCACUGGCACCGCCAAAGUCUCCAGCUCUCCGACAGAUGUUUCCCGGGCACUUCUGAAGUCCAAGGAGGCGCUGGCCCAGCGCGUGGUGGCUGGGGGAACCCCGGCGGGCAGAUGUCAGCAUCAGCAUGAGAGGCUGGACUUUAGCCCAGGCCGGUCCUCAGCCCGGGGGGCCGCCACUCUACCCCGGACUUGGACGAGGAGCCGCCGCUCACUUUGCCCCCAGCCUUUGUUCCCAGCCAGAGGUUGCUCGGAAUUGCUAAUUAACUCCCUCGGCUCCGAAGGGGUCCGGAGGCUGGGAUGCUCUGCCAGCCUGAAGGAUGCUGACUCUCGAGUGGGAGUCGGAAGGACUGCAAACAGUGGGCAUUGUUGUGAUUAUAUGUGCGUCUCUGAAGCUGCUUCAUUUGCUGGGACUGAUUGAUUUUUCCGAAGACAGCGUGGAAGAUGAGCUGGAGAUGGCCACUGUCAGGCACCGGCCAGAGGCCCUGGAGCUGCUGGAAGCCCAGAGUAAAUUUACUAAGAAGGAGCUCCAGAUCCUGUACCGAGGAUUUAAGAAUGAAUGCCCCAGCGGAGUUGUUAAUGAAGAAACCUUCAAAGAGAUUUACUCGCAGUUCUUUCCACAGGGAGACUCUACAACAUAUGCACAUUUUCUGUUCAACGCUUUUGAUACAGACCACAACGGAGCUGUGAGUUUUGAGGAUUUCAUCAAGGGUCUUUCCAUUUUGCUUCGGGGGACAGUACAAGAAAAACUCAACUGGGCAUUUAAUUUGUAUGACAUCAACAAAGACGGGUACAUCACUAAGGAGGAAAUGCUUGAUAUAAUGAAGGCGAUCUAUGACAUGAUGGGUAAAUGCACAUAUCCUGUCCUCAAGGAAGACGCUCCCAGACAGCACGUGGAAACAUUUUUCCAGAAAAUGGACAAAAACAAAGAUGGAGUUGUUACCAUUGACGAGUUCAUCGAGAGUUGCCAAAAAGAUGAAAAUAUCAUGCGCUCCAUGCAGCUCUUUGAAAACGUGAUUUAACUUGUCAAAUAGCUCAUCAAUCAAGCAGAAAAAUGUGAACUAUUCUACCACAGUACAGUUGGAGCUACCACCUUUAGCAUAGACUGCUCAGCUUUUACACUGAGGCAUAUUAUGCAAACAAGCUUCUUUUUAAUCUAAAGCAAUCCCCAAAAGAUUUGAGUUUUCCAGCUAUAAGUCUGCAUCCUUUUCCUAAUGCCACCGAGUCCACGAGAUGUUCUAAGUCAUUUCAUACCCUGUGGAUACGCAGAACUAAUAGACCCUGGCACAUAGCUUUACUGAUUCUCUAGCCAUGGGACUACCGAGGCUUUCACAUUAUCAGUGAUUUUAAAGUAUCAGUGUUUUUUGCUACUCACUUGUAAGUAUUAAGUCCUAGAAUUUUCAAUAGUUUUCUAAACUAUUAGCAUCUGCAUUUAAUUUCCAGAACUUAGUUUUCAUGUUUGUAUGCUGUAAUUCCAUUUAUAAACUUUAAGUAAACAAGACCGCUACAAUUAAAAAAAUAAAAGCAAGCAAAAAAAAAAAAAACAAAACUAUCCCCAGUUUCAAUGGAUUUGCUGCCUUCUGUUACAAGAAUUUAUUUAUCUGGCAUUUUUAUAACAUUGAGCUUAUCAUCAGAUGUCAGCAUAUAGUCAAUCAAGUUUAUUUAAUGAGUAUUUGAUUUUUUUUUUAACAUACACAAUAGUCUAGGCCUAUAAGACACGUAUAGUUUUGAACAUGUUCAGUCCUCUCGGUUGAAUGUUUCCUAGUAUGUGUUCGAGUGAAAACAAAGGCAGGGUGUUUUCAGGAGGAGCACUGCUGGAACCAGGCGUCCCUGGCAGCACCACAGGCCUGCUCUGUCCUUCCCUGGGGUCGCCACAGCUUGUUUUUCACAGGCCAAUCAGGGACUGAGACCUGCCUCCCCGCCUGCCUCCUACAAGCAACAGUCUGCAGCAUCCCCUUUGAGAGCACUAGUGAUCCCAUUUGUAUUGAGAACCACGAUGCCAACACAGUAGAACGUGAGUGUUUGUGUUAACCAACUUACCUGGACUGUAUUUUGAUUUCGCUCAUCUUGGAACUCCAAUGAUUCAGAUUGUUUUUAAUGAUUUUAAGCCAAAAUUAUAGUAUCGCCACGUAACUGAAGAUACCACACACCUUUCUGGUUUUGCAGAACUAUCUAUCACACGCACAAAAAGAGGCUACUGUAGGGACUGAUUCACGACAGGUUUCGCAACAAUCAAUCAGGUGAUCUAUUCUGGUGUAGAGAUAGGAUGUUGAGAGCUGCCCUGCUAUCACCAGUGUAGAAAUUACAAGUAGUACAGUACAUGUACAAUGACACUUGUCAUCACGUGUUUGUGUAAACUCAACGUGCACAUUUUGUAUUUCAAAAAAAUAAAUAAAAGCAAAUAAAAUGUUUAUAACUCUA